AUGAGCGUACUGGGCUUGGUACUCCUGGGCCUCGCUCUGAGGCUUAGGGCCACCACUGCUAGGCCAGAGGGAGAUAGCGUGUGCUCUAAGAGCCAGGUGGCCUUCAGAGAAGCUUGCUAUGAAUUUGUGCCACUCGGACGCACCUUCCAUGGUGCCCAGAGCUGGUGUGAGAGGCAUGGGGGCCAUCUGGUCUUUAUCCGUGAUGAAGGCACCCAGCAGUUUCUGCAGAAACACAUUUCCCAGGACAGGGAGUGGUGGAUUGGACUCGUGGGGAACUCAGCAUUGAAUGGAACCUCAGAAGGUCCGGGGAUGUGGCUGGACACCUCCAACGUGAGCUACAGCAACUGGCUUAAGGGACAGGCUGCCCCUGCCACCUGCGGCUACAUCACCAGGGGCCCCUCAGCGGCCUGGGCCACCUCCAGGGACUGCGUGGAGGCCUUCGCCUUCAUCUGUGAAUUUGGCCAGUGCCAGGGGCUGCAGGCAUGCCAGGUGGCAGCCGAUGGGACCUACUUUGGAGAACUGUGCCCGACUCAGGGCAGCUACCUGUGGGUGCAGUACCAGUGCCAGGAAGGCCUGCAGCUGGUGGUGUCCAAUGAGAGUUUCGUGUUUGACAAUGUCACCAUCUCCCUGACGUGGCUCCUCUCUCCCUACAUAGGAAAACUGUCCUGCAUAAUUAGUACAGGGGAUGGCCACACUUUUGACCCCUACUACCCUCCCAGUUUGUCCAGCAACGUGACCCAUCAGUUCACGGCCCCUGGGGAAUUCACUGUGUUUGCUGAGUGCACAACCAGCGAAUGGCAUGUGACAGCUCAGAAGCAGGUGACAGUGAGAGACAAGAUGGAGAGACUCAGAGUGACAGGGUGCUCUGGCCUGUCCAGCUUGGGAGACAGCCCCCUCUGCCGGGCUGUCUUUGGGGAGCCUCUGUGGAUUCAGGUGGAGCUCGAUGGAGGAACAAGGAUGACCUAUUCUGUGCUUUUGGGUAAUAUCACCCUGGCGGGGUUCACCACCCAGAGGGGCCCAUUGUCAUACAAUCUGACCCUGGACAGAGAAAUUCAGGAACAGAUGGGCCCUGGGAUGCACCACCUGCAGAUCGGAGCCGUUGGCAACACCUCCAUCUCCACACCCUCCCGGAACAUCACGGUCCACUUCCUGGAGCUGCUGUCCGGAUUGCAGGCCUCCUGGGCGGCAGACCAUCUGGAGCUCGGACAGGACCUGUUGAUCAAUGUCUCAGUGGCUCGGGGCAGCCCAGAGGAGCUGACCUUCCAGUUGGCAGGACUCAAUGCAACCUUCUCCCAUGAGGAACUGAGCUUCGGGGAGCCGUUUAGGGUUUACCGUGUGGCUGUUCCAGUGGAAGGCACCUUUCUGGUCACCGUGCUGGUGAAGAACGCCUUCUCAAACUUGAGUUUGGAGGUUGGAAACAUCACUGUCACAGCCCCUGCCAGCCUCCAAGAACCUUCUGGAAUGAAUGCUGAAGAAAAGAAUAAUGAUAAAGGCGACAUGGAGGUGUAUAUGAAGCCUGGUCCAUACACAGAUCCUUUCACAGCAGUGACUCUGAGCUGGCCGGACAAUGACAAGGAUUUGCUCUUCCAAUGGUCGUGUGGGCGCUGCUGGACUCAGUGGAGCGACUGUGUUGAGAGGCAGCUGCUCCACACAGACCAGAAGGAACUGGUGGUUCCACCAUCCUGUCUGCCGCCACCCAACUCUGCUGUCACCCUGCGCCUGGCUGUCCUGAGAGGCCAGAAGCUGGAGAACCAGGCAGAACGAUGCCUCUACGUGUCUGUUGCUCCGGAACUCAGACCUCGAAUCAGCUGUGAGAAGAAUUGUCAGCCAGUGAAUGCUGGAGAGGACAUUCUGCUCAGGGUUGCCUUGGGAGAUGGCUCCCCAGAGGUCACCUUUAGCUGGUAUUUAGACAACACUCCAACAGAGAAGGCUGAGCCCCUCCCGGAUGCCUGCACACUCAGAGGAUUCUGGCCCAGCUCUCUCACCCCCCUUCAGAGCAACGCCUCCUCCUUGUUGCUGAGCAGCUCCCUCCUGCAGAGCUGGGGCAAGGUCAUCAGAGUCAGAGCCACAGCACUGACCAGAGAUGCCUACGGGGAGGAUACCUAUGUGGUCAGCACCCUGCCUCCCCCCGAGAUGCCUGCCUGUGCCAUUGCCCCAGAGGAGGGCACGGUUCUGACCAGCUUCUCCAUCGUCUGCAAUGCCUCCGCAGCCCCAGGCCCCCUGCAGUACUGCUUCUGCCUGGAAUCAGGUUCCUGCCUACGCUGUGGCCCAGAACCUGUCCUCCCAGCCGUUUAUCUGCCACUUGGAAAAGAAAACAGUGACUUUGUGCUGACGGUGGUCAUUUCUGUCACCAAUCACGCCGGGGACAGACAGCAGACCCAUGCAACAGUUAAGGUGAGACUUGGAGACACGCAUCUUGAGGACGGGGCAUUCCAGGCUGCUGUGUCAGAGAAAAUCAGCAUCACUCUGCAAGGCGAGCAUGGCCCUGAGAGGCUCCUCCAGCUGGCCAAGUCUGUGUCCUCUGUGCUGAACCAGGAGCACCAAAGCCAGGGCUCUGGCCAGCAGCUGAGAAUGGACACCAGACAGAAGGUCAGAGAGCGCGUGCUGGGGUCGCUGUCUGUGGUCACUGCCAGCCUGGAGGAUGUACAGCAGGUACAGGGACUGGCAGAGGCACUGAGAGAGGUGACCUGCCACAGUGAGGAGCUCACCCCCUUGGCCCAGUGGGAGGCCAGCUGGGCUGUGCAGCAUGUCGGUGAGGCCCUGUUGACAGUGAGUGCCAAGGUCCAUCCUGAGGACCAGAGGCGCCAAGCAGCCACCAGGGACCUGUUUCAGGCUGUGGGCAGUGUGCUGGAAGCUUCCCUGAGCAACAGUCCAGAGGAGCUUGCAGAGGCCAAAGGCGUCCAGACUGCCACCGUGCCCCGGCUGCUCAGGGCUGUGGAGUGUGUGCAGACCACCCUCUUGCUGGGGAAGCUGCCUGGAGGCCUGCCAGCCACGCUUGCCACCCCCUCCAUUGCCGUGUACACAAACAGAAUACAGCCCCAGAGCUGGCGAGGCUCCUCUGUGCAUGUCGGGGACACUAACUCUGCGACCUUCAUCCUGCCCACCGGCUUAUCCCUAGGCUCUCUGGAGCACAGCCAGGAGCUUGUGGACAUAAGGAUGAUGAGUUUCCCAAAGAGCCCCUUCCAGGCCCAAAGUCACUUUGACGUCAGUGGAACUGUUGGUGGCCUCUGUCUGACCAGCCCUAGUGGACGGCUUAUACCUGUGAUGAAUCUGUCAGAGAAUAUCGAGAUCCUGCUGCCCCGGCCUCCAGAAAGACACAGUGAUCCGACCGUGUUGAACCUGACUAGUCCUGAGGCUUUGCAGGUGAAUGUGACUUCAAGGGAGGCGGCUUUGGGGAUUCAGCUGCACUGGAGACCCAGCAUCCGACUCACACUCAGCCUGGGCUUCGGCUACCACCCCAACGAGACCAGCUAUGAUGCCCAAACACACCUGCUGCCAGCAGCAGCUCCGGACGAGAUGUCCACGUGGAUCCUGAGCCCACGGGACCUGCACUUUGGAGAAGGUGUCUACUACUUGACUGUGGUCCCUGAGGCUGACAUGGAGCCAGCCUCUGGCAGGGACCUCACAGUUGGCAUCACCACCUUCCUGUCCCAUUGUGUGUUCUGGGAUGAGGUUCAGGAGAUGUGGGACAACUCCGGCUGCCAGGUGGGGCCUCGGACCAGCCCCUCCCAGACGCACUGCCUCUGCAACCACCUCACCUUCUUCGGAAGCACCUUCCUGGUGAUGCCCAAUGCCGUUGAUGUUCGCCAGACUGCCGAACUCUUUGCCACCUUCGAGGACAACCCUGUGGUGGUGGCCACCGUGGGCUGCCUCUGCGUGGUCUACGUUCUGGCGGUGAUCUGGGCCAGGCGGAAGGAUGCUCAGGAUCAGGCCAAGGUGAAGGUCACAGUGCUGGAAGACAAUGAUCCCUUUGCCCAGUACCACUAUCUGGUGACAGUCUACACUGGCCACCGGCGAGGAGCAGCCACGUCCUCAAAGGUGACUCUCACCCUGUAUGGUCUGGAUGGAGAGAGUGAGCCCCACCACCUGUCUGACCCUGACACCCCGGUUUUUGAGCGAGGAGGAGUGGAUGCCUUCCUACUCUCCACCCUGUUCCCCCUGGGGGAACUGCAGAGCCUCAGGCUGUGGCAUGACAACUCAGGGGACCGGCCAUCCUGGUAUGUGAGCCGGGUGCUGGUCUGUGACCUGGCAAUGGACCAGAAGUGGUAUUUCCUCUGUAAUUCAUGGCUGUCCAUCGAUGUUGGAGACUGUGUCCUUGACAAAGUAUUUCCAGUUGCUACGGAGCAGGACAGGAAACAAUUCAGCCACCUGUUUUUUAUGAAGACCUCCACCGGCUUCCAGGAUGGACACAUCUGGUAUUCCAUCUUCAGCCGCUCAGCCUGGAGCAACUUCACCCGUGUGCAGAGGGUGUCCUGUUGCUUCUCCCUGCUCCUCUGCACCAUGCUCACCAGCAUCAUGUUCUGGAGCAUCCCCCAGGACCCGGCUGAGCAAAAGAUGGACCUGGGUAAAAUUGAGUUCACGUGGCAGGAAGUGAUGAUUGGCCUGGAGAGCUCCCUCCUCAUGUUCCCCAUCAACCUCCUGAUCGUUCAGAUCUUCCGAAAUACCCGUCCUCGGGCUGUGAAGGAGCUGGACACCAAGAAAGUGAGCCAGGGGUCCCCCAACCUGACUCCCUCAGCACAGAUCGCGGAGAAUGACCUUCUGACUCCUGAGGCAGUGACCAAGGACAUGUGGAGACUCGUUAGCUCCCUGUUUAAAGCCCUGAAGGUGCCGACCCCUGCCUCAGGAUGGGACCCAGCGAACAUGAUGGAUAUCAACUAUCUCCUGGCCUUGGUGGAAGACAUCAUUUGUCCACAGAGCACAGCAGGGCAGGUGUUCUGGGAGGAAGCCACAGAGAGAGGGGACCCUUUAGCACUCACACGUGGGCCAUCGCAAGUGAAAGAGAAAAUGCAGUGCUCCGAGCCUGACGUGGCCCCAAGUGGCCCUUGGAAAGACAGUGUCUACAGGCAAUGUCUCUACCUUCAGUUGAAGCACUUGGAGCAGGCACUGCAGCUGGUGGGACCCCACGGCUUUCCCCAGCAGCACAGCCAUACCAGGGCACUCCAGCAGCUUCAGACCCUGAAGGGCUGCCUUGGGGGCCAGCCAGGCUCCCUGGCCCCAGCGUACACCAGGGCACCUCGGAUGAGCAGGCCCCCUGGAGGCCUGCCCUGGUGGUGCAUCUUUGUGGGCUGGCUCCUGGUGGCAGCCACCAGCGUUGUUGCUGCCUUCUUCACCAUGCUCUAUGGCCUGCACUAUGGACGGGCCAGCUCCCUCCGGUGGCUUCUCUCCAUGGCCGUCUCCUUCAUGGAGAGCAUGUUCAUUACCCAGCCCCUGAAGGUGCUGGGAUUUGCUGCUUUCUUUGCGCUGGUCUUGAAAAGAGUGGACGAGGAGGAGGAUAUGACAGCCCCCCUGGCAGGACAUCUGUCUCACCCAGGUCCCUAUGCCAUGUUCCGUGCACGAAGGAACAGCAGCAGGGACGUCUACCAGCCUCCUCUCACCACCACCAUUGAGAAGAUGAGAGCCGCCCACCUGAAGGAGCAGAAAGCCUUUGCCCUCAUCAGGGAAAUCCUGGGCUUUGUCACUGAUGGAAACUCCAAGCUGGUUGGCAGUGCCCAGAUUCGCCAAGUGAGGGUCCAGGAAAGCUCUUGCCCUGUUGCCCAGCAAUUGCAGGCUUCUCUUGAUGGAUGCCGUGCACCGUACUCCCUGGAUAUUGAAGACCUGGCAGACUACGGAGAAGGCUGGAACGCCUCCGCCUGCAAUUACAGCAAUGGCUUUCCCCAGGCUUGGCAGUACCAGAGCCAGAGCCAGCGUGGUGGGUAUCCCAUCUGGGGCAAACUCACUGCGUACCGGGGAGGAGGCUACGUGGUCCCCUUGGGAACGGAUCGCCAAAGUGCGUUAAGAACACUCCAGUAUCUCUUUGACAACACCUGGCUGGAUACGCUGACCAGAGCUGUGUUUGUGGAGUUCACCGUCUACAAUGCCAACGUCAAUCUGUUCUGCGUUGUCACACUGACCCUGGAGACAAGUGCACUGGGCACCUUCUUCACACACGCGGCCUUGCAGAGCCUCCGCCUGUACCCCUUCACUGACGGCUGGCACCCCUUCGUGGUGGCGGCCGAGCUUGUGUACUUCCUCUUCCUCCUCUACUACAUGGUGGUGCAGGGCAAGCUCAUGAGGAGGCAGAAGUGGGGCUAUUUCCGCAGCAAGUGGAACCUUCUGGAGCUCACCAUCAUCCUGGCCAGCUGGAGUGCCCUGGCAAUGUUUGUGAAGAGGGCCAUCCUGGCCGAGCGUGACAUCCAGCACUGCCGGACACACAGGAAGGAGGGAGUCAGUUUUGGUGAGACAGCAGCUGCUGACGCUGCCGUUGGCUACAUCAUGGCCUUCCUGGUACUACUGUCCACAGUGAAGCUCUGGCAUCUGCUCAGGUUGAAUCCCAAAAUGAACAUGAUCACAUCAGCCCUACGCCGUGCCUGGGGUGACAUUUCAGGCUUUGUCAUUGUCAUCCUUAUCAUGCUCCUGGCUUACUCCAUCGCAUCGAACUUGAUAUUUGGUUGGAAACUCCGUUCUUACAAAACCCUCUUUGACGCAGCAGAAACCAUGAUCAGCCUUCAACUAGGAGUCUUCAACUACGAGGAGGUCUUGGCUUACAGCCCAGUGCUUGGCUCCUUCCUCAUUGGGUCCUGCAUCGUUUUUAUGACGUUUGUGGUGCUGAAUCUCUUUAUCUCUGUCAUCCUGGUGGCUUUCAGUGAGGAGCAAAAAUGCCCUCAGCUGUCGGAGGAAGGGGAGAUUGCGGACUUGCUGCUGAUGAAAAUACUCAGUCUCCUGGGCAUUAAAAGUAGAAGACAGGACCCUCAAAGCAGCAGUGAGCAACCCAACUUGCUGUCUGAGGCUCAGCCCCCUCAACCAGCAUGA